AUGGAAGGACGUCUCCGUGAUAGGGGCGGAAGUAGUCAUGGCGAGGUGUUUCUCGUGGUGCAAAAGAAAAACUUUGAUACGAUGACUGCACUUGUGUUCGACGAGUCCCAAUUCACCUCGCUAGAGGCGUAUGUCGACGCUCUCAAUACGCAGCUGGAAGAAAAGACGGCACAGGAGAUCGUGCAAUGGACAUUUGAUACCUUUGGUGCGCGCACGGUGCUCAGCUCGAGCUUUGGCAUCCAGUCGGCCGUCAUGUUGCAUCUGACGCGUAGUGUGAGUAAGGAUAUCCCCGUUGUAUGGGUCGACACAGGAUACCUGCCCAAGGAGACGUAUCAGUUCGCGGCACACCUGACAAAAUUGCUGGAUUUGAAUGUGCGCGUGUACCAGUCGCCUAUUACGCCCGCGCGCAUGGAAGCUCUCUACGGCAAGCUCUACGAGAUUGAAACGCCGGAAGCGCAUCGCCAGUACGGGUAUAUGCGCAAGGUGGAGCCCAUGCAGCGCGCACUUGAUGAACUGAAUGCUGCAGCGCUGCUCGUAGGUGUGCGCGCCGACCAGACGCAGCACCGUCAGCACAUGAAGCACGUCAAUGUGUACGAAGGUCGCCUUAAGAUCUGCCCCAUCCUCAAUUGGAGUAAGCAGGAGAUUGAGCAAUACAUGACUGCAAACCAAUUAGAGUAUCACCCACUAAAGGCGCAAGGAUACGAGAGUGUUGGUGACGCACACUCCAGUCGCCCUGUGACUGAGGCAGAUAAGGGCAACGACCGCGCUGGAAGAUUCAACGGCAAGCAACAGGAGUGCGGAUUGCACUUGGACAUGCACGGUAUGAAGCUCGAGGACUUGAAGUUCGACGACCCAUUGGCACUCUCUGAGCGUGACCUGGAGCUACUGAAGCUCACAAAGCAAGCAAAGGGCAUCACAAUAUUCACCAAGCCAACGUGCAAAUAUUGCCUGGCUGCCAAGGACGUCAUGCGCGAACGUGAGUGGGAAUUUGACGAGGUGAGCGUCCCCACCGAAGUGUCCAUCCAGUCACUAAAGCAGAUCGUCGGCCAAUCCGUCACAACUGUGCCCCAGAUCUUCUUGGACGGCAAGUACAUUGGAGGAUACACCGAGUUCGUCGCACACCUCGGAAUCCCGUCGCUCUUCGCCUAAAUUGCGACCCAUUCACAGCCUAACAGGUCUC